AUGGCUUCUGCGAGACGCAGCGAGACCACGCCUUGCCGGCUGUGGAAAUCCACAUCAACUAAGUUAGACGCUGCCAGUUGGAAGUUGUUGAGCAGACCAAGUGGAGCUCACGACUGGCUUCCGUACCUGCCGCAGCUUUGGAUUACGGCACCGGCAGUUCCGACCAAAAGUACGACCUUCGACCUUCUGGAAGCCACGAAAGCAGAAGACUUCUCCGUCACUAAUACCCCCCCUUCCCUUCCAUCUACUUCACAAUGUCGGGUCAGCACGCUUGCAGCGGAAUAUGCUUGGGUUGCUGAUCGGUACGAGGGUGUCCGUUGCAGUGUCGCUACUGCAACUAUUGAUCUAGUCGCGAUCUAUUUGCUCCUGCUACAUUAUUCAGAGCGAGGCUCCGAGGACACCGGCUUCAAUGGGCCCUAUGCGCAUUCAGGCGCAAAGAUUGUUGAAAAAAAACACCACAAGGGAAAACAUUGGACUGGACUCCACGCUGUCCUCUAG